CUCAGCGAGUGAGGUGCCUUCUCUAGAAGACAGCAGCACCCCAAGAUGUCGCAGGGGGUGACCUACGCUGACCUGCGGUUUGUGAAGACCCCUCUGGAGAACACCCCCCAGGCUCUGCCGGAAGGGUCUGGUGAUGGAGACCUCACCUACGAGAACAUCCAGGCAGCCAAGCCUCAGGGAGCGAACACCCUGGGCAGUGCCACACAACACAAAGAGCCAAACAAGCCAUUCUGGCCCGUAGCCGCGGGGCUGCUGGGAGUGUCUCUCUUUCUCCUGGCUACUACCAUCGGAUUUGGCGUACAAUAUGGGCAGGCCGCCCAGCGCCUUCACGAAGCCUCGGAGGCUUUUGCCACAGAGAACAGGAGCCUGGCACAGAGAAUCGAUGCCCAGGAGCGGCGGCUGCUGCAGACACAAAGGUGGCUGGAGGAGGCUGAGGCCGAACUCAACCAGAGCCAGAUAGCCCUGCGAGAGAGCGGGCGGUUGGCGAACAGCACCUGGGGGCAGUUGCAAGAGAAGGAACAGGCGCUGGCCACAGUGAUCCGAGAGAGACAGGUGGCGGAAGAGGUGCUGAAUGCAACGCUGGCCCAGGCUUGCACUGGCUGGUGCCCCAAGGAGUGGCUGCUGUAUGGGGGCAAGUGUCUCUUCUUCUCUACCCAAAAGAAGACGUGGCAAGAAAGCAGGAGAGACUGCCAGAAGAAAUCUGCCCAGCUGCUCAUCCAACCAGAGGCUGCUGCAGCAAUAACGAGACUUUUGGAAUCAAAUACAUACUGGACUGGAGAUUACAAAAUAUGGUCUGAAGAGGAGGGGAGAUGGGUUGAUGGCUCACACUAUGAAGGAACUGGCUGGCAUGACAUAUGUGCAACACUGAAGAAAGGCCAACGGGCAUCAGCCUACUGCACUGAGAAGCACCAAUACAUCUGUGAGAUGCCACCCAGGCCUAGGCAGCCUGCCCCCCUUCUGGGAUAGUUGGCACGAGACCUGGAGGCCGCCUCUCUGGCAGGAAGCCCCUGAGAUGCCCGUACUGGAGGAUCUCUGUUGAUUAAGGGAAAGAACGGAUUCUGACACUCCAGAGAGCUUUUCUUCGACCUCUCUCGGCUCUUUCAGCCUGCGGUGCCACCCACUCCGCUCCAUGGGCCGCCCUCCGCACCGCCGUCUGUGUAUGCUCACGCCAUGCGGCAGCAGCAUCUUCCCACACAGCUGAACAGAAUAAAUUCUGCAACCUGGACAGAUGUGCAUAAUUUGGUCCUCCUGGGACGAACCAAACCUCCUCCUCCAAGACCUGGGAAACAGUUUAAACCCCACU